CCUCUUGGAUACAUAACGUGUGCUCAAGGGGCUUCAGCGUUCAGACCCGCAGGUGGCCUGUCCGGGUAGUGACCUCCUGGAUCAUUCCUUGGUCAAUGCGGAGUGGUGUCAGUGAUGGUCCAGUGGAUGAACUCAACAUGGACAGUGGAGGUGGCAUCAGAGCUGAGCUGGGGAGUCAAUGUCAUGGACUCGACAAGCAGAGAAUUCUGGAACUCCUCAGAAUCCGAAGGACUGAACGGGCCUCGCAUCUGAGACGUCAGGAAAUAGUGUCAAGUGUCCGGAAGACUUAUGAGGACUUUGUGCAGAAAGCAUCCGGGUACGCGAUGCACUGGCGUGUCUCGCCGCAUCCAUCAGGUUUGAUCGGUAGGUACCCUCCUCACAACCUGGACACGAGGCUCCGGGUCCUGAGGAGGCAAUGCUCUAAUGCCAUGGAGAAACAAAAGGAGAAGUUGCCCACUGAAGGUCCACUGAGAAUGGCAGCCAGUGAGCUGGCCACGAUGAAAGCCAUCUCAGAAACCAGCCCUCAACCUCUCGACACCUUGCUGAUCAAUGAGUUGAUGGCACAAUCGACGAUUUCUUCUUCAAGAGCAACUCCAAUGUCUCCAAAAACGGCUUGCUCAUCUCCAACACUAGCUUCAUCAACAAGGAGCGCCCGAAUCCAUUCGAACCUGAGAAAAAAAGACGACACUGAUGCCAGGGGUUCUUCAGAACUACCAAUCAUCACCCAAACCUUCCACUGGCAUCCAAUGGCUGCUAAGAGAAAAAGACCUGCCAGGGAGGGAAGACAGCAGAUGACCAGUCGGGAGCCUGUCAUGACUUCCCACCAGAGGCCCGAUACAAGUCUCAGCAGCGUGGACACUCACACUCCCAGUGAGCUGAGAGCCCUCUCGCUUCUUUACUCCCAGCAAACCUCAACCACAUCACCGUGUUCUUCACAGACAAUAAGCAGGAGUCGCUCACAAAUCCUGUUCAACUCCUGGGAAGGAGAAGGGGAAGCAGGAAGACUGACAGAAUUCCCACUUGUUCCUCAUACCUUCCCAAAACCUCCCGUGGCUCCGAAAAGGAGCACUGUGGUGGCGCCCUUGACUUCGACGGCACCCACGAAAGGAGGAACACCACAUCCCUUACAAGUCCAUCCAUUCCAGGAGGUGGUCCGAAGGUCUUGUAGCAAUGAGCUGGAUGAGUUCUCUGACCCUUCGCAGAGCAUCUCAAAGUGUUUCCUGCAGCUCCGUUCGGACAACUGGAAAGAGAAACUUCAAGGCCUACGGAAUAUUAAAGCAAUGGCAAGAGAGGACCCAAAUCUCCUGCAGUCCAAGCUGCAUGAAGUAUUUCAGGUCCUUGGAGAAGAGGUGAACAAACAUUCCACGGUGGCCUGUGAGGCGAUAGACACGAUUUCUGCGCUCCACGAAGGCCUGGGCAGAGCUAUGGACCGUGACACCGAGAGCAAGUGUCUCUCCUUGUUGAUGAAGUGUGCCCAAAUCACCAACAAGAUCGUCCAGCAGCAGGAGGAGCCCGCGGCUGAUGCAGUGACGGACCACUCUGUGGUUGAGCCUGACAACACUGAGGCCGACGGAGAGUCGUGUCCCAGUCGGGCAGAUGUGCGCUCAAAACCCUGCAGCAGUGCAUCGAGGACCUGCACCGCCAAAGCACUGGGCGGAGAUUCUCCGAGAGCAAGUCCUAAAGAAACGGAACCUCCGACAAGAACGCCCCCAUCUGCACAACACACAGUUCAAGUUCAAAUGAAGACGAGAGGUAAACGGCCAGGGGAUGACAAGGGGCUUCCACUGAAACACCAUCCGCCUCUUAAACCCACAAAUGCUCCCAAAAAGAACCAGGCAAAGAACUGUGGCAGGCCCGUCCUUGCUUACGGGGAAGCUCCGUCGAAGAAAAGAGGACCACGUCACGGAAGGAACCGCCAGUUUCAGAAGGGCGGCAGUCGGUCUCGGAAGGCCCAGCAAGCUGGAAGUCCUUCUCAAAACCUCGCGCUUUUCUUCCAGCAGCUCAGCUCAGAUGACUGGAAUAAGAAACUACAGGGGCUGAAAACCAUGAAGGCGCUAGCAAGACGGCAUCCUGGCAUCCUGCAGGCAAAGCUGCAUCAAGUGUGUCGAGUCCUCGGGGAAGAGGUGGGGAAACUGCAACUUCACUCCAUAGUGGCCUGCGAGGCCAUAAACACCAUCGCUGCGCUGCAUCGGCACCUGGGGAAGGCCAUGGACCAGGAGGCAGAGAUGACCGGCCGCACCCUGCUCAUGAAGCUGGCACACACCAACAACAAGCUCAUCCAUCUGCAGGUCAACCUUGCUCUGGAAGCACUGGUGAAGGGCUGCAGUCCAGCCAAAGUCCUGAGCUCCCUGGUCAGCCCCGGACUCAGUCACUGGUGUCCGACGGUGCGAAUCAGUACAGCCAAACACCUGCACCAGCUGGCCGACAUCGUGGGUGAGGAGUUCAUCUUGACAGCAGAGAACAUGGUUGCAGAGCGAUAUCUCCGAGCGGUCAGUAAAAUGGCCAUAGAUGGCGCCGCUGAAGUCAGGUCAGUAACUGCUCCUUUCAUUUUUCAUGUUCUAUUUCACUGUAGACAUGUUUCUGAUCAGAAUCCAUGGACGGGAGAUGCUCCGGCGUCUGGAUCCUCCACGGCGGUGUCGAGACUUGUGGGUCAAGAUUGUCCCCUACAAAGACAAGCCUCAGCUGGACCAAGUCCUCACUAAGAUUUUGUGGAGACGAUGAGCAUGCUUUCAUUGUUUUGUGUGAUACAGUACACAACAAACACACGGCUUCGAUUCUUUCCUUGUCCUUCCACACAAUAAACAUCUCAGUGCUCGUGUUU